AGAAGACAUAAACACCUAGUCACUGUAUAGUCAUCUAUUUAUAUGUUAAAGAUAAAUAAAUUAUAUAAAAUCUUAUAAAAAUAAAAAAAACUUAAACGGAUCUAACCGUAUCAAUCUAGCGUGCCGUCACUCCGACCCAGAUACAGUCGCUAGCCGUAUCGUAGCAUCUGACCCGUUUAUUUUUAUGCCGUGUCUGGACCGGUCGAUUUUCCAUGCCUCAGACUGGCCCAUUAGACCCGAUCCAGUUUGUCAUCUCGCCCCUCAUGGCCCAACUCCCGCAAUUUCUGGUCAUUUUCUAGAGAGAGAAAAAACAUUUCGAGGGAAGGGGUCACGCUGUGGCCCUGUACGGUGCGGAGUUAGGUCAAACCGCGGUUGUCACGCGGGGGGCGAGGCGAACCAAGCGGCGAUCGUGGUGGCCGGAGAUGUCGCAGAAGAGACAGCCGGAAGAGAGCGACGGCCCGCGGCGCGUCGGCGGCGGCGAGCCCAGUGGGAGCUCCUCCUCCUCCUCCCUGCCCCACCGCCCCGGCGAGACGAAGCGUCAGAGGGUCCCCGCCCUCCGCGAUGUGAUCAUGGAGGUGAUGAGGAAUACCAGCAUCGAGAGGUUCUUCAUGGCGAUCGAGCCCCUCAUCAGGAGAGUGGUAAAAGAAGAAAUUGAAUCGGCAUUUACGAAUCAUGCCAUUAUGAUGACAAGAAGUGUCACAGACACUGUUCCAUGUACAUCAAAGAAUUUGCAGCUGCAAUUCAUGACUAAACUUUCUCUUCCAAUAUUCACUGGCUCCAAGAUUGAAGGAGAGGGCUCCUUAAGUAUAACUAUUGCUCUAGUUGAUGCUUUGACCAAACAAGUUGUAGCACCAGGCAAGGAGUCCCUGAUGAAGGUUGAGAUUGUAGUUCUUGAGGGGGAUUUUGAAGGUGGAAAGGACGAUAACUGGACAGCUCAGGAAUUUAACAAUAACAUUGUUAGAGAAAGGGAAGGUAAAGGACCCUUGAUUUCUGGAGAUGUGUUUGUUGCCCUUAUCGGAGGCGUUGGAACAGUAGGGGAGCUUUCAUUGACAGAUAACUCCAGCUGGACACGGAGCCGAAAGUUCAGGCUAGGUGCAAGAACUGUGGAUGGCUGUUUCAAUGGCACAAGAGUACAGGAAGCAAAAACCGAAUCAUUUGUGGUAAAGGAUCAUCGAGGAGAGUUGUACAAGAAGCACCACCCACCAUUUCUUGAAGAUGAGGUCUGGCGCCUGGAGAAAAUUGGCAAGGAAGGUGCUUUUCACAAGCGUUUGGACAAGGAGAAAAUUGUUACUGUCAAGGAUUUUCUCACCUUACUACAUCUUGAUGCUCCUAGACUUCGAAAGAUAUUGGGUGGUGGCAUGUCAACAAAGAUGUGGGAGGUCACUGUCGAGCAUGCAAAAACCUGUGUUCUCACUGACAAAGUGCAUUACUACUAUCCAGACAAUCUAAACAAAACUGGUGUUGUGUUCAAUGUUGUUGGAGAAGUGAGAGGGUUAAUAUCUGAUAAGUUUGUUUCUGUUGAUGAUCUUACUGAAAAGGAGAAGGCUGAAGCACGUGCAGCUGUGAAGCAAGCAUAUGACCACUGGAAGAAUGUCUUAACAUGUGACAAUGAAACGCUUGUGGAAAAUCCUUCGCAGCUCUUCAGUACGAGAUCUCCAUUUUUUCAUGAAAAUCAAUAUAACCAAUUUCCCACACAAGUUGCUACUGAUGAUUUUUGUUUGAGUCAUUCAACCAUACCAUCAGCUGACAUUUUCUCUAUGGAACCUUCGACUGCCUUAGACCCUUGUGCAGUGGACGCUGAGGAGAGCAAUGAAAAUCAAUUUCAGUCAGAGUUACCCACACUUGGUGGCCAUGAAGCACCUCAAGAAUCUCAGACACUGGAGAAGUUCUCUAACUCAUUGGUUUAUGAGGACUGUGCCACUCAUCCCUCAUUCAGUGAAAGCUAUUAUAGCUGCGCAGAUCCCAGCAUAUCCUUUGACACACAAGAUCUUGGCGCUGCACUGAAAGGCUUCAUUGCAACCAUAUCGAAGCCCAAGGCAUAUAGAGGAUGGAGGACAUUGUCUUAUGUGUUAGGAUGGAUAUUCUAUACCAAGAAAAUUGUUGCACUAAAGAGAAAGAAAAAUGGGAAAUGAAUAUUUUAAUUUGAGUUUGUCUUGUUUAGUUAAACUGUGAAAUAUAAGUGGAGAGUAGAUCAUGCACAGAAGAGUCGUUUGUUAUCUUUUCUUCUUUUUGGGCACAGUUGGCAACCUUAUCUGCUGGUUUCAUCAGCUGUAUAUGAGCUUUUUUAUCAUUAAGGUUUCUGAUAAGUGCCUGUAAAUAAUCAGAUGCAGUUUUGUACAGGGUGAGAGAUAUGCUGAUAUGCAUAUAAUGUGCAAGUGUUGAUGAUGUUUUGGCCGAGUUUGCACAGUA